UGCACUUGAAACAUUGGCUAACACACACACACACACACACACACACACACACACCUUUGCCUUGUCAGCUAACCCCCUCUAGUGCCGAGUAUCCGGCACAGAUGCGCGCAGUCUCCCUCAGUAGCCGCCGCGUCAGCUGCUCCCGCGCCUCGUCCCAGUCGUGCCUCUGUUCGCCGUUCACAUCUCGCGGCUGCCGCGGACCGGACCGGAGCCGGGGAGCUGACAGCCCGCGGCACACCCCCGUGCCAACAGCAGCAGCAGCAACAACAACAACAACAGCAGCAACAACAACAACAACAAGAACGGGGAUUUCCGAAAGUCUGCGCCACGAACCGUGCGCGCCACGGAGACGCACGAGGCUGACGGGCGGCGCGUCCGUGCGUCUUUGAAACGAUGCCAUAGCGCCGAUCCAAGUCCGCGGGAUAUCCUCAAAGUUUGUUAGGAGCCAGGUGGUUCUUAUCUUGGAUACUUCAACAACAACAAGAAAGACAGAAAGAAAGAAAGAAAGAAAAGAAUUUACUUCACUCUAAGAUAUUGGUUCCAAUUCGGUCCGUUCCGUUGCGCGCCGCCGCCGCCGCCGACAGGUACAGGAUGGAUCUCUGGUUCUGUCGUCCGGCACUUCGCUCCGACCGGGAGCUAAUGUGAGGACCGGGACCGGCGGAUCGGUGCCAGAAGUCCCCCACGUAGAGAGAGAUUGCUGCAGGAGACAUGAGUCGUGGAAAGAGAUUCGCGCUGGCGUCGGUCUUCCUGGGAAUCGUCCUCGCUCGCUUCAGCCAGUGCAACCAAGUUGUGCUGCUGGAUACGACGUCUGUGCUUGGAGAGCUUGGAUGGAAGACAUAUCCUAUAAACGGGUGGGAUGCCAUCACCGAGAUGGACGAGCACAACCGGCCCAUCCAUACCUUCCAGGUGUGCAAUGUGAUGGAGCCCAACCAGAACAACUGGCUUCGUUCCAACUGGAUCUCUCGACAGGCGGCUCAAAAGAUCUACGUGGAGCUUCGCUUCACCCUGCGAGACUGCAACUCCAUCCCUUGGGUGUCUGGCACCUGCAAAGAGACUUUCAACCUCUUCUACCAUGAGACCGAUGAAGCUCAUGGUGUUAAAUUCAAGCCUGUGCAGUAUACCAAGAUUGACACAAUCGCUGCUGAUGAGAGCUUCACCCAGAUGGAUCUCGGAGAUCGCAUCCUCAAGCUCAACACGGAGGUGCGCGAGGUGGGACCCAUGACCAGGAAGGGCUUCUAUCUGGCGUUCCAGGACAUUGGUGCCUGCAUUGCCUUGGUUUCGGUGAGGGUUUACUAUAAAAAAUGUCCGUUCACACUGAGAAACCUGGCCUCAUUUCCAGACACAGUGCCACGCGUGGACUCUUCGUCAUUGGUGGAGGUGAGGGGGGCGUGCAUUGACCAUGCGGAAGAAAGGGACACACCCAAACUCUUCUGUGGAGCUGAUGGCGAUUGGUUGGUUCCCCUGGGAAAAUGCGUCUGCAGCGUUGGGUAUGAGGAGAUCGACGGCUCAUGUGUUGCGUGCCACCCAGGCUUCUACAAGGCAUAUGCAGGAAACAUCAAGUGUUCAAAGUGCCCACCGCAUAGCUUCAGCUAUGGAGAAGGAGCAGCUUUCUGUCGCUGUGAGAAGGGCUUCUUCAGGGCUGAGAAAGAUCCCCCAACUAUGGCCUGCACACGCCCUCCAUCUCCUCCCCGCAACAUAUUGUUCAACCUGAAUGACACCUGUCUGAUGCUGGAGUGGUCACCUCCCAGUGACACCGGGGGCCGCCGGGACCUCACCUACAACGUCCAGUGCAAACGCUGUGGCCCCGAGCCAGACAGGUGCCAGCUAUGCGAGGAGGAGCUCCGCUUCCUGCCACGAUCAUUAGGCCUGACCAACGCCACUGUCACUGUCAUGGACUUCUCGGCACACGCCAACUACACCUUUGAGAUUGAGUCGCUCAACGGUGUGUCAGACAUGAGCUCCUUCGCCCGCCAGGUAGCCGUCAUCACCGUCAUCACUGAUCAGGGUGGUCCAACUGUGUUUGGGGCGCUGAAGAAGGACUGGGCCUCUCCCAACAGCAUCGCUCUCUCCUGGCAGCAACCCGAACCGACAACGCUGCCCAUCCUGGACUACGAGAUCAAGUAUUAUGAGAAGGAACAUGAGCAGCUGAGCUACUCGUCCACCCGCACCAAGGCUCCCAGUGUGAUCAUCUCAGGUUUAAAACCGGCGACCUGGUACGUCUUCAGCGUGCGCACCCGCACGGCAGCUGGAUACAGUUCCUACUCGCCUAAAUAUGAAUACGAAACUACAGGAGACUCAUCGGACAUGGCUUCUGAUCAAGGCCAGGUGUUGGUCAUCGUCACAGCAGCGGUUGGUGGCUUUACCCUCCUCGUCAUCCUCACCCUCUUCCUCCUCAUCACUGGAAGGUGUCAGUGGUACUUUAAGGCCAAGAUUACCUCGGAGGAGAAACGGAGGACCAGUUAUCAGAACGGACACGUCCCUGUACCAGGAGUAAAGACCUAUGUGGACCCUGAUACGUACGAGGACCCCUCUCAGGCCGUCCACGAGUUCACCAAGGAGAUCGACCCGUCCAGGAUCCGCAUCGAGAGGGUGAUCGGAGCCGGUGAGUUUGGCGAGGUGUGCAGCGGUCGCCUGAGAACACCAGGGAAGAAGGAAAUCGCUGUGGCCAUAAAGACGCUGAAGGGAGGCUACGUGGAGCGUCAGAGGCGGGACUUCCUGCGUGAGGCGUCAAUCAUGGGCCAGUUUGACCACCCCAACAUCAUCAGGCUGGAGGGUGUCGUCACCAAAAGCAGACCCGUGAUGAUUGUGGUGGAGUACGUGGAAAACGGAUCACUGGACUCGUUUCUGAGGCAACACGACGGUCACUUCACCGUCAUCCAGUUGGUCGGCAUGCUGCGCGGCAUCGCCUCCGGCAUGAAGUACCUGUCAGACACGGGCUACGUUCACCGAGACCUGGCGGCUCGAAACAUCCUGGUCAACAGCAACCUGGUGUGUAAAGUGUCAGACUUCGGCCUGUCCCGAGUGCUGGAGGACGACCCGGAGGCCGCGUACACCACGACGGGUGGCAAGAUUCCAAUCCGUUGGACGGCGCCUGAGGCCAUCUCGUACAGGAAAUUCUCCUCGGCCAGCGACGCGUGGAGCUAUGGCAUUGUCAUGUGGGAAGUGAUGUCAUAUGGGGAGCGGCCAUAUUGGGAGAUGUCCAAUCAGGAUGUGAUCCUGUCCAUUGAGGAGGGCUACCGGCUGCCUGCGCCAAUGGGCUGCCCCGUGGCCCUGCACCAGCUGAUGCUGCACUGCUGGCAGAAGGAGAGGAGUCAUCGGCCCAAAUUCAUCGAUGUUGUGUCCUUCUUGGAUAAACUAAUCCGCAACCCCAGCAGCCUGCUGCCGCUGGUAGAGGACAUUCAGAGUCUACCAGAGUCUCCGGGGGAGGAAAUGGACUACCCGAUGUUCAUCUCUGUCAGCGACUGGCUGGACUCCAUCAAGAUGAGUCAGUACAACAGCAAUUUCAUGGCAGCCGGCUACGACACAUUGGAUUCCGUGGCCAGGAUGAGUAUUGAAGAAGUGAGGCGUACCGGGGUGGAGCUGAUCGGCCACCAGAGGCGGAUCAUCAGCAGCUUACAGACACUCCGCCUCCAGCUGCUGCACGAGCAGGAGAAGGGUUUCCACGUAUGAGGACGCCCACUCGCACAGCCCGGGACGGACCACCGGACGGAGCAGACGAAAGCGAAGUCUAGACCGUAGGACGGACAGUCUGCGGCCUGUGCCUGAGUCUUAGCCCCUCCUCUACAGGAGGUCAUUGGACCGACUAGCACAGCAGACUGCCCCGUGGUCUCCCUCACAUCUAGUAGUAACAGACUUUUUUUCUACUAUACACCCCUUUCCCAGUAUACCUGGUCCCAGCAUACCAGACUAUUACAGCCUGACAGACUCUACGGACUGGCCCAGGCCCUCACUUAGGGGAAUGUAAUGCCUUGUUGCAGCAGCUGUACUUUUUGUGUGGAGCAACAAUAUCUAGAGGUGUAGAUUUGCAAAUAUAAUCUACUCUUUUUGUUUUGUUUUGUUCUUUUCUCGCUCCGAGUUAUGUGCUCAUGUAGCUGCUAUCAGGUGUGCAAUCGAAAAAUAGUUUUGUCGAUUGAAAAAAAAAACCCUCAGUAUUUCUUAUUUUGGAGUUCAAGAAUUUAUCACGAAAGUAUUAUUUAUGAUUUGCAUCGCUUUCGUUUUUGCCCUCUCCGCCCAGAGAAUUCCGUACGCUAAUACUUGAAGGAAGACGCGAGGAGCGAGUUAGAGAUUUGUUGAAUGUUUCAAAAGUGUAUAGACAAUUGAUCGAUAAUUAUUAUCAUAACCUAAUAUCUAUAUAUGUGCAGUCCUGUAUGUGAAAGCCCUAGUAAAUCUGGAUCCUAUUUAAAAGUGUUUUAUUUAUUUAGGAAUUUUUAUCCAAGUCAGCAAUACAGUGUUAUGCAGUCACCUCUGUAUCUCAGAGAGAGGUAAAGAAUUGUGCAAUGAGACGACUCUUGUUGACAUAUAAACAUGAGGCUCACACACACUCACACACACUCACACACACACACACACACACACACACACACACACACACACACACGCACGAUGUCCACCUGUCACAUGCAAACCCGGAUCCGUUGCCUUCAGACGACCAUGAACGUCAAAGUCUGACAGUUUUUAUCUACCAGUGUACUCACAGCUGUGUGAGUCGUGUGAGCAGCUCAAUAUUUAUUAAUUUUUUUGAGAUUGUGAAUGUUAUACAUUAUCAGAGUACGCACAUCUCCACUGUCUUAACAUAUGAAUGUUCACACAUCUUAGAUACUGUAGAGGAGGAGGUGCUGUCUGGAAACUUAACAUGAAAAUUUCUAUUCAUACACAUUGAUUGUUUCUUUUUGCACACACACACACUAACGCAGGAGGUGGUUUUUCACUUCUGGGACGCUGAAUGGUCUCAGGUGUAAAGCCACCAGACGGAUUUGAGGUAGCGAGCGCCGCGUCUACUGCAGUCUGUGCUUAGGUUGUGGUCGUGCAAAGGUUGUGGCAGUUUGGGGAAUCGGUGUAGAAUAUGCGUAUUGUGAAGUGAAAACUGUUUGAAACUGCAGUAGAUGAUGUCAGGUGUAUUCAGAUGUUGUUGUUUUUUUGUUCAUUCUCUAAGCUGAUGGCAAACAGAAAGUUCUGCAGAUUAAAACUAGUUAGCUGAGUCAGAGGGAGGGUUGGGGGAAAGGGGCGAGGAGAGACGGCCUCCGGGGGUUUGUGAGAUCAGGACAGAGAGAUGAAACGACUUUUUAAGGAAGGAAGAGAAAAGAAUGGUGAGCAUUAACAGCAGCAUCACAACUCUUCAUGUGUCACUCUCACGUCAACAGUUACAAACACACACACACACACACACAGAUCAACACACACACACACACACACAUUGAAUUGCCUUACAGUUCGCAAGACGGAAACACUUGACAGCAGUUCAUAAGUUUCUGUGUAGUCAAAGGACCUAGCCAUUCGUUUGAGUUAUGUGAUCCAUAUCCAAGAGAGCGGACGUCUGCCUCUCCAGCUCUGGCUUUUUAAUGACAAACUGGAUGAUUUGAGUCAACAGCAAACUGGAUCCAGAGAUCUGUGCCUCCGGGUCGCAGUGGAGUUACACGUCCAGGCCGUCAGUAGGAAAAGGUGCACGCAAACACAUCUGAACACGUGGACAUAUUUGCACACACACCGCGCUCACGCUCACCACCCCUCGACAGAAUAUGGCGAAUAUCAGAUGCUGUUUGUUUAGCAUGUUCUACUGCUGAGCAAUGUUAGGACGUUCUUUUGUACAAAGUACAAGUACUAUACUUCUAAUUCUUGUAUUUUAUUUUUCUAUGAUUUCCAAAGAGAUGUUGUAGAUCUUGCACACUGUAAGAGGCAGUUACAGCGGAUAUUUAUUUGCAAAUAAAGAUGAACAGUUCUGGUGGU